AUGUCUUCAACAUAUUCAUCUGUGACACCCAAUCCGACAGUUAUGAGCCCGUCUGAUCUACUCAAUCAUCAUACUCAAUUCCCACAUAUGCUAGAAUAUGCAAAGAACAAGAAGAUAUCAGACUUCAUCAAUCUUGAUAAACCUGAUAUCUUCUCUGAACUAGAAGAAUCUCUGAAACCCGAGAGUUCAGAAGAAGCCACUGCAGAGAUUAAGAUAGUAUAUAAUAUCAAGAUCACUGCAUGGAAAAUCAAAUAUAUGAAAUAUGAAAAAAUAAAUGAAGAUGAUAUCAAAGAGACAGAUAUAGCUGAACAGUUCAACUUGAAGAAAGAUUUCUUAAAUGUGAAUCUAGCUAUUGAUGCAGAUUAUGCACAAGCAUGA